AUGCGUCGUUUAAUGAAUGAAGAUGAAGAUGGUUAUAGAAAAUUAAUUGAUGAAAAAAAAGAUAAACGUUUAGCUUAUUUAUUAUCACAAACAGAUGCAUAUAUAAUAAGUUUAGUUAAUCUUGUAAAAGAACAUCAAAAUGAUUUAAAAAAGAAAAAAAUGGAAAGAAAACAAAUAAAUGUUUCAAAUGAUGAUAAAAGUUAUGUACAUAUUAAAGUUAAAAAUAUAACAACUGGAGAAAUUAAAGAUGGACAAGAUGCACCAUUAGCAUCAGAACUUGAUAGUUGGUUAGAAAAAAAUCCAGGUUGGCAACCUAUACCAAGAGAAAAUAGUGAUGAUGAAGAUGAUGAUACACCACGUGAUAUAGUAACACAUGUAGCUGAAACAACAGUUACUAUUCCUGUACCAACAGCUGAUGAACAAGAAAAAGGUGUUGUUGAAGAUGAAAAAAUUGUUAAAGAAGUUUUAACAAAAGCUAAACAAGCAACUGAAGAUGAUGAAUAUCAUACAGCAUCAUUAGAUUCAUAUUAUGCUGUUGCACAUCGAGUUCGAGAACCUGUUACAAAACAAUCAUUACUUCUUGUUGGUGGACAACUUAAACCAUAUCAAAUACAAGGUCUUGAAUGGCUUGUUUCAUUAUAUAAUAAUAAUCUUAAUGGUAUUCUUGCCGAUGAAAUGGGUCUUGGAAAGACAAUUCAAACAAUUGCACUAAUUACUUAUUUAAUGGAAGUAAAAAAAGUCAAUGGACCUUAUUUAAUUAUUGUACCAUUAUCUACAUUAGCUAAUUGGGUGAAUGAAUUUGAAAAAUGGUCGCCAGGUGUUUCAACAAUAAUCUUUAAAGGUAGUCCACAAAUGCGUAAAACACUUGGUUAUACGUUAAAAAAUGGUAAAUUUAAUGUUCUAUUGACAACUUAUGAAUAUAUCAUCAAAGAUAAAGCAUUAUUAUCAAAAAUCAAAUGGCGUUAUAUGAUUAUCGAUGAAGGUCAUCGAAUGAAAAAUCAUCAUUGUAAAUUAACUCAAGUACUUAAUACAUAUUAUAUUGCUCCACAUCGUUUAUUAUUAACUGGUACACCAUUACAAAAUAAAUUACCUGAAUUAUGGGCAUUAUUAAAUUUUCUUUUACCAUCUAUAUUUAAAUCAUGUACAACAUUUGAACAAUGGUUUAAUGCACCAUUUGCAACAACAUGUGAAAAAGUUGAACUUAAUCCUGAAGAAACAUUACUUAUAAUAAGACGUUUACAUAAAGUUUUACGACCAUUUCUUUUACGUCGUCUUAAAAAAGAAGUUGAAUCACAAUUGCCAGAUAAAAUUGAAUAUGUUAUUAAAUGUGAUAUGUCAGCGUUACAAAGAGUCAUCUACAAUCAUAUGCAAACAAGUGGCAUUCUUCUUACAGAAGAUAAAAAUGGUAAAGGUAGUAAUCCAAAAGCAUUAAUGAAUACAAUAAUGCAAUUACGUAAAAUCUGUAAUCAUCCAUUUAUGUUCAAUGAGUUAGAAGAAAAAAUUGGUGAACAUUUUAAUUAUGCUAAUGGUGUUUGUAAUGGAGCUGAUCUUUAUCGAGCAUCAGGUAAAUUUGAAUUACUCGAUCGUAUAUUACCAAAAUUAAAAGCAACAAAUCAUCGCGUUUUACUUUUCUGUCAAAUGACAUCAUUGAUGACAAUAAUGGAAGAUUAUUUUGCUUAUAAAAAUUUCACUUAUUUACGUCUUGAUGGUCAAACAAAAUCUGAAGAACGCGGAGAUUUAUUAGCAAGAUUUAGUGAAGCUAAUUCAGAUUAUUUCAUUUUCUUAUUAUCAACACGUGCAGGUGGUCUCGGUUUAAACUUACAAAAAGCCGAUACAGUUGUUAUAUUUGAUUCUGAUUGGAAUCCACAUCAAGAUUUACAAGCACAAGAUCGUGCACAUCGUAUAGGACAAGUAAAUGAAGUUCGUGUAUUACGCUUAAUGACAGUAAAUAGUGUUGAAGAAAAAAUCUUAGCAGCUGCUCGUUAUAAAUUAAAUGUUGAUGAAAAAGUUAUUCAAGCUGGAAUGUUUAAUAAUAAAUCAACAGGAAAUGAACGAAGACAAUUUUUACAACAAAUUCUUUUACAAGAAUCCGAAGAAGGUGAUGAAGAAGAAGAUGAAGUUCCAGAUGAUGAAGUUAUUAAUCAAAUGAUUGCACGAACAGAAGAUGAAUAUAAUCUAUUUAAUAGAAUGGAUCGUGAACGAAGACAUGCUGAAGCUAGAAUGCCUAAUCGUAGACCACGACUUCUUGAAAUGUCUGAAUUACCUGCAUGGUUAACAAAAGAUCCAAAAGAAUUAGAAAAAGCUAUACUUGAUCAAGAAACAUUAGAUUUAUUUGGACGUGGUACUCGACAAAGAAAAGAAGUCGAUUAUUCAGAUUCAUUAACCGAUAAAGAAUGGCUUAGGGCUAUUGAAGAUGGAACAUUAGGUACACCUGACCAAGAGAAAAAACGUCGACGUAAACGACGUGUUGCUAAUAAUAUUGAUUUUGAUGAUGAUGAUGAUGGUCAACAUGAUGAAAACGAUAGUAAACAAGGAGAUAAUGAUAUGGAUGUAGUUACACCAAAAACUGGUAGACGUGCUGGAAAACGGAAAUUAAAAGAAACAAAUAAAAAAUAUUCGGAUGAUCCAAUACCAGCUAAAUUAUUUAAACAAAUGACAACAUUAUUAGAUUUUGUGAUUAAAUAUCGAGACAAUGAUGAUAACCGAAUAUUAAGUAAACCAUUUAUGCGUUUGCCAACACAAAAAGAGUUGCCUGAAUAUUAUGAAACAAUUAAAAAUCCAGUUGAUUUUAAUAAAAUUAAGAAAAAACUUGCUGAACAUCGUUAUCGAAAUUUAGAAGAUCUUGAAGCUGAUGUUAUGCUCUUAUGUAAAAAUGCACAAGAAUUUAAUAUGGAAAAUUCAACUAUUUAUGAAGAUUCAAUUAUUCUUCAAUCUGUAUUUACAAAUGCACGUGAACGUAUUGAAAAAGGAGAUAUUCCAAUUAGUUCUAAUUCGGAAGAAGAAUCAGAUGAUGAUGGUAUUAUAAAUAAUUUUAGUUUUAUUUCAAUUAAAAUAAUUUAUUUAAUUAUAGAACCACUGAAAAAACGUGUCAAAAAAGAUACAAAUGUAAAAAAGAAGCCUCAAACUCAAUCACGUACAUCUAGUAAUGGAAAUAAUAAUACAAGUAGUCGUCGUAAAACUCGUGUAAUGAGUGAUGAUGAAGAUAUGAUAAUGGAUGAAACAAAUCAAUCUUAUGGUGGUGUCGAUGAUGAUGAUGAAGGAACUCGUGGUUCUAAUUCACGUCAAAAAUGA